AUGCGAACUGCUUCUUUCUGCGCAGAACCUCCGCUUGGUUGUCCAGCAGCCUCAGGGGUACGGAAGGCAGAUGCCCGGAAACGCAAGGCCCUUCUCAACGAUCGGGAGAAGAAAAGACAAGAAGGGCUUCUGCGGAAGGCUCCGGGUGGGAAACGGACUGCGUCCUCUCCGCCUGCUGGUGCUCCAGCAAAAAAGAAGAAGAAGCUGAGUAAAAAAAGUAAGGGGCCCUCGGUGGCGCCAGACGUUCGGAUGGCUCUUCUGGCUGAGGAAGCAGCUUCAAUAAAUCAACCCGGCUCAGCUCACCCGGAUGAGGUUGCCGACUUGCCUCCUGUUACACCCCAACAGGAGAGAUGGGGGCAGAUAGCCAGGAGUUGCCUGUACAUGAGCCAAGCCCUCGUCCUCUUGUGCCUGUGAAGGGGCCAACUAGGAGAAGGUUGCGUCUGGUACGCGACUUGAAGUCUGGCCUCGCUGGGCGGCUUCAGGGCCGGUUCACAGAA